AAGGGGAAACAUUAGUUUCAGCUUCUACGUAUACAUAUAUAUUUUACAGCUAAUUGUCAUCCUUGCAACUCUCCCAAGCUAAGCUGGUACACUCUUCCUUUCCAGUGGAGUCCACUAGUCCUGAACCCCAGCUUUACCAUAAUGCACUUUCUAGGAGCCAACAAGGGUCGUCCGCUGCGAGGCAUCAGAGGCUUAUUCAACAGGUCCUCUAAGUCGUCAGUAGACACCAGCUGUGGUUCGGCUCUCAGGAAACGCUCCAUCAGUGACCUCCUCCUCCGACGCACCGCCAGCGCCCCCGCCAACCGACGCAAGAAAACCAAGAUGAAGCUCGCUGAGUCCUCCACCUCCAUAUCAGACCGCAAGGCCUCCAUAUCAGACGGCAAGGACAGAGUGGGGSCCGGGGAAGGGGCUGGGAGGGAGGGCUCCAAGGACAGUGAAAGGGACAGGGAGAGGGUAAGGGUGGAGAGGAGCCCCCCACCUCACGCCCCCCUCUCCCACAGACCCGUCUCCAUGCCUCUGGAGAGGCUACUGCAGGGACAGCUCUCCCUCUGCUCCCCCGAACAGGAGCAGACUGACCUGGGUGCAGACACACYYAUCGGUGGGUAGACCUCCUCUGGASACCUAACACACUCUUACAUCAACCAUGAUAAUAAAAACAAUAUGUUCUGUAACAAGUAAUAUGUUAAAAUUGACAUCUAAGAAGAAACAGCAGUGAUUUUCUCUGUUUGAAUGAGGUUAGAGCMUCAUGUUACCUAUUUCUCAGAGCAAUACAUGAUCCUGGUUUACCUGUAAAAGCAGAGCAACUAGUCUUGUCUGGUUUGGUUGCUACAUGUGACAUCACGCUUAGAGUUGAAGUUGUCAUUGGUUGUGUUGCGCUCUCUUUGAAACAAAUGUUU